AUCUGUUAUCUAUUGUCUUUGAACAAUGAAUGAUUAAAGUUCCCCAUAUUUACGCCAUAUUGAAAUAAACGAGAAGAUCGAAAAAUGGAUUCCGGGCCGAAUUUUCGAGAGGGACUAAGUUUGUCUGGCAUUUUCAAGAUCUUGGAGGUUGCCAUUGUGUUCAGUGCGAUAAUGGUCCACAGAUACGGUGCCAAUGGAAGCUAUCUUUUCUUUGGAACUUCAACGGAUCAAAUGUCAGCGAAACGACAAUAUGGCGAUGAAGGGAUGGACGUAGAAAACAUUGGCAAUGCAGCUCUCGUCACAUUCUCAGUCAUUUCAUCAGUUUUAUGGAUUGGUUACGUUAUGGACAGCAGAUUCAUCAUCCAACGCUUCUUCCUUGAGCCUUUUUGGAACUUCCUGGCCACUUGUAUGUUUAUGGGUGUUGGAGUCAAGACCUUGAUCGUCUGGGCCAAGGCCAAAAGUGAAGAUACACAAAUCACGAGUGACAGCUACUACGCCACCUAUGGGGCAGGGUUGGCCUUGGGAUCCUUGUGUGUGAUCGCUUCCAUCGUGUACAGUAUUGACUUCUGCAUCAGCGUUUCCGCCCGAAAUAAGUUGAGGGCCGAUGACUACUACUAUUAAGUCAUUGGAGCAGAUCUUUUGUGUUCUGACGAAUAUGUAUUUAUACCUGAAUUGACGAGUUCAAAAUGAGUAAAGCGUAAAAAAUGGUUUUAAAAA